UUUGUUUUUAUUUUCUUUUCACAAGUCACCGAAAAAUAAAGGCUAACCAUUUUUAGAUCAGAAAAACAAUUUGCUUUGUACUCAAGAAACUUUCCAACAAAUUUCCAUGGAGAAAAGGAUUCAUAUUGCAGUUGUUGCAGGUGUUGGAUACAGCCACUUGGUACCUAUUCUUCAAUUCUCCAAACUACUUGUUCACCUUCAUCCUUACUUUCAUGUCACAUGUUUCAUUCCUACACUUGGAUCUCCACCAACUGCCUCUAAAACUAUCCUUCAAACUCUUCCAUCAAACAUCAUCUGUACUUUUCUCCCACCAGUGGAUCCUAAGGACCUAUUACUCCCACAAGGGUCUGCUUUAGCAUUACAACUUCAGCUCACAGUGAAUCAUUCAUUGUCAUCUAUACAUCAGGCUUUGAAAUCGUUAACUUUAACGACACGCUUUGUUGCCUUGGUGGUUGAUUCGUUUGCAUCCGAAGCACUAAAUUUGGCUAAGGAAUUCAAUAUGUUGUCCUAUGUUUACUUUCCUUCUUCAGUCACUGCUUUGUCCUCGUACUUCAAUUUUCUCAAAUUGGAUAAGGAAACAUCAUGUGAGUAUCGAGAUCUGCCAGAUGCUAUUCAAAUACCAGGUUGUGUGCCGAUUCAUGGUCGCGAUCUAGUUGAUCAAGCUCAAGAUAGAUCAAGUCAGUCUUACAAACUCUUACUCCGACGCAUUGGAAGAUUCCGUCUUUUUGAUGGUGUUAUUGUUAAUAGCUUCUUAGAAAUGGAAAAAGGUCCUAUAGAAGCAAUGACAGAAGAAGGAAGUGGAAACCCUCCUCUGUAUGCUGUUGGACCCAUUAUACAAAUGCAAACAAAGUAUGGUGAUGAUGCUAAUAGGUUGAAAUGUCUGUCAUCAUGGUUGAAUAAACAACAACCUUGUUCAGUUUUAUAUGUGUCUUUUGGGAGUGGUGGCACACUUUCACAAGAACAAAUUUAUGAAUUAGCUUUGGGUUUGGAAUUGAGUGAUCAUAGAUUCUUAUGGGUUGUAAGAUCACCAAGUAGUGCAGCCAAUGGUGCAUAUCUUUCAGCACAAAAUGAAGUUGAUCCUUUGAAGUUUCUACCAUCUGGAUUUUUGGAGAGGACCAAGGAAAAAGGUUUGGUCAUUCCAUCAUGGGCACCCCAGAUUCAAAUCCUGAGUCAUAGUUCAAUUGGUGGGUUCUUGACUCACUGUGGUUGGAAUUCAACCCUUGAGAGUGUGGUGCAUGGUGUGCCACUAAUCACAUGGCCUCUUUUUGCUGAGCAGAGAACGAAUGCGGCUUUUCUUAGUGAAGGCCUCAAAGUGGGACUGAGGCCAAAACUUAAUAAGAAUGGUAUUGUGGAAAAAGAUCAAAUUGCUAUACUGAUUAAGUGUCUCAUGGAAGGGGAAGAAGGCCAGGAAAUGCGCAAUAGAGUGAAAGGAUUGAAAGAAGCUGCUAAUAGUGCACUUAAAGAAGAUGGGUCUUCUACCAAGACUCUUUCUCAAUUAGCACUCAAGUGGAGAAAUUUGGUAUAGAUAAACAUGUUUUAUUUCACAGUUUACUCUAGUUUAUCUUAUCUUUUAUAUGUGUUGUGCACCCAUUAUGAGACCCCCUAUUGUGGCAAUAUGUAUCCUGUCUCACAAGGUUGGACAAACAUCAACCUUGUUCAGUUUUGUAUGUGUCUUUUGGGAGUGGUGGUACACUUUCACAAGAACAAAAUAGGAACUCCUGUCACCUAAACCAACAAAAUAUAGAGAAUCUACACUACAGUGUUCCAAUUAGUGCUGUCAGUUUUAAGAUUCAUGAAAACAACACACAUUGCAACUUAGAGAAUUACACAAUGAAACAUGGUAGAAAGCCUGCUGAUUCUCCAAUACUAUAAUUGAAAUCUCUUUUUCAUCUGAUUUUCUAUAACAACUCUCUUGGCUAGUAUGAGAAGGUUAGGUCCAUUUAUUGACUGCAUAAUAUUGUUCAUGCAACACUAAAAAUCAAUAUAUACCAUAGUUGUUUAAAUUUAAUUUAUCUACAAAGUGGUUUUGGUCGAAAUAAUUUCCUCUACUUUCAGCUACAUAUAGAGGUAAUAUGAAUAAAGGAAAUGUUCAUUAUUGAAUGUAAAUAGUUUGUACAAGCUACAUUUACAAAAGAUCUAAGCUCCAUGUGCAAGUAGCUUAUAGAACACAUCCAACUAACUCUAACCACUAGAAACAAGUUAGUUACAAGCAUAACAAACUUAACUAGCUUGUAUAGGUGUAGGCUGAUUCUAGUUAUUCGAAGUAGCUUCAAUGGCCUCACAUGUGGGUGGAGGAUUGUUCACGCAGGAACAUGAUUGUACCUCACCGGAAGGUUCUUGCCCUGUAUAGAACAUGUAGAAGACCAAAAAUUGAUUUCAUAAUCAAGACAAGACAACACCAAAACACAAAAAACCUCACCUUCAUAUAUUGUUGAGUUGUUGCUACUUGGAAAGAGAUGGACAUUGGAAGAACAUGUCUUCCAUUGGCGAGCAACAACAUGAUCAUGAAAUUAUGGCUGUAAUUACAUGUCAAUGAAGCCCCCCAAAAAAUUUAUAAUUGAGAUUAUGGUGGUAGGGGUGACAUAUCAAUGUGUGAUUGUGGUUGUAAUUGAUAACUAGACUCCAUUUCAUUAGUCUAUUUUCCCACGCUAUUUGUGAACAAACAUUUCGGCCCAUAAUGUCUAAGACCACCCUGUCUAUCCAUAACUCCAAACAAAAAAAACAAAACCACAUAAAGUUGCAACCAUGAAAAGAAAAAUUGAAACACAGUCUGCCGGGAAGAUCCUUCUGAUAACUAUGUAAAUGAGAUAAUAUCAUCAUGUCAGAAGAGGGCCGGCUCAAGGGUCAAGCCACUAGGGCCAGGGCUUUAGGCCUCAAACAUUUGGUUUUAAAAGAAGGUCGCAAUUUUUUUUAUUUUGUUAUAAUAAUAUAUAAUGACAUAUUAAACACAUAAAUUAUCAUAGUUGAGUUGUUAAAAUUUAGGUUUCUUUUUCUUUUGGUCUUGAGUUCAACUCUUAACAAUUACAAAAUUAUUAUUUUAAAUGACUCAUUUUAAAAUUUUCUUUAGGCAUCCAAACGAGUUGGGUCGGUCCUGGUCAGAAGAGUCUUUUUAGUGAGAUGGAAACAUAAAAAAAAAAAUAAGGAAUAAAAACAUGAAUAAAUAGAUAUUAACACAUAUAUGAUAAUGAUAAGUCAUAAGCACAAAUAGAGUGAAUUUUUGGUAGUUGUUUUAAGGGAAGAAAAAAAGAUUUGAGUAGGAUUUUGAGAGUUUGAUGUUUUUAGUAUUUUGGAGUUUUUUUUUUGGUGCAAAAUGGAAAGGAGGAAGAUUAAAUGAUUCUAUAAGUCAUAUCAUAUCAGAAGGAUCAAUAAAAAAAAUUUGUCUCAAAAGAUCAUUUUAGUAAUGGUUAAAACUAACAUUCAAAGGGCCUGGCCUCUUAGCAUGUAUAGGUGGAUUGAGAAAUUUCCUUUAUUUUAAGGUUCUAUAAUAUUUUUAAAAUUUUGGUAUUCAUCUAUUAGUCUAUUUAAAAGUAUUUUUAAAAUUAUGAUAUGAUAUAUAAGUAUAUUUAAAGGUCUAUGGUAGAACCAAGAAUAAGAAACGAUAUAGGGAUGAGAUCUUUCGGUACAGUGGUGAGUGCUUUUAGCAUGGUGGAGUGGAAUGUAUCUGAAAGUUUAUCACUCCAACGCCUAAGUUAUUGAAGUUUUUGAAAAUUAGUUUAGAGUGAGAGUGAAAAAACACCUAUAACUGGCGUGUUAAACUUCAAUAGAUUUAACGAUGAGAGCGGUUGUCGCUGAAACUGGUGCAUUAUGUAGAUCGUCGUUCGAUUAGAUUUAACGAUGAGAGAUCGGUCAGAGGUUGGGAUCACAU